AAAAAAUUAGAAUAGGUUUGUACAGUGGGAUAUUUGUGCUCUUGAACACACCCGUGACGCACUCCAUUGCCCAUAAUGCAUCGCUAAGGGACUGAGAAAGUAAACGUCCAAGGUACAGACACUUCGUGCAGAGAAAAACACCUAAAGGCUGAGGAGUCAAUGUAAAUGAGGCUCGUCAGACUGAAAUAAGAGCUUCGUGUUCAGGUCGUGUCUCACCUCGGAGGAGCUGGACGGGUUUUGUUUUUUUUCUUUCGGCGCAACAAAACUAGCUCGUUUGUUUGAGCAGCAUGGCAGAACCAGGGAGAAAGAGUGAGCAGCUGCCUGAAGAUGUCGGCACAGAUGACUGUCUGACUUCAUACACAUACAUCUACAGUCCAGAUUUACUAAAAGAUCAUGUUGCUUUUAUCACGGGUGGCGGAUCUGGAAUUGGACUCAGGAUAGCUGAAAUCUUCAUGAGGCACGGCUGUGACACAGUGAUUGCCAGCAGGAACUUGGACAAGCUCAAAGAGGCAGCUAAAAAGCUGUCUGCUGUGUCAGGGCGUCGCUGUCUCCCUUUGUGUAUAGAUGUGAGGAAGCCUGAGACCAUCGCAGCUGCUGUGGACGAGACACUGAAAGAGUUUGGACGCAUAGACAUCCUGAUUAACAAUGCUGCUGGAAACUUCCUCUGUCCGGCUGCUGCACUCUCUUUCAAUGGCUUCAGGACAGUCUUGGAGAUAGACACAAUGGGUACAUUCAACACCAGCAAGGUGGUUUAUGAGAAGUGGUUCCAGAAUCAUGGUGGCAACAUAGUCAACAUCUCUGCGACACUCGGAUACAAAGGACAGGCCCUGCAGGUGCAUGCUGGCUCUGCCAAAGCUGCAAAUGAUGCUAUGACAAAGCACUUGGCUGUGGAGUGGGGGCCCAGUGGGGUCAGAGUCAAUACUGUGGCUCCAGGUCCUGUCUCUGGCACAGAAGGCUUCCGCAGACUGGACGACAACCAGGAUCCACAAGGGGAAGUAACAAUCUUCCUGUGUCCUGAGUCCUGUGACAAUCGUUGUCAAUCCUGUAACAGUGGUGGCCCCAGAGGGGAGGCGGCUGGCGCGUUCGAGUCCAUUCCCUUGCAGCGAGCAGGCAACAAGACAGAGAUGGCCCACUGCACUCUUUUCUUGGCCAGUCGGGUCUCCUCCUAUGUGACCGGAACCAUCCUGGUGGCGGACGGCGGGGCGUGGUUGACCUCAGCUAAUGACGUCUCCAUGCUGUUGGGUAUAGCCUCCUCUAAAUCUGCUAAACUCUGAACAGGGGCUCUCCUGUCCUCCUCCUGACCCAGGUUAUUGGUCAUCUGAAAAGAAAGGAGACAAGUAAAUGCUGAAAACAUCUAUAGUACCGAUUUCUACAUGUUUAUACAUUACAUGUAUAGUAUGUGUGGCUUAUCACACUUACUGUUGCCUUAAGACUUUAUUCCUGAGUGACUGGAGACGCUAAACACUAUCAUACACUUAUGUACUUACCUUUACAAUCUUUAUAAUGACCUAAUUUUAUAACAAUUCAGGGCUCACCUAUGACAUUAUUCCCUAUUACUGUGUCUUGUCAUCAUGAAUUUUCAUGCAUGGUGGUGUUUAUCAAAUGUUAUUUAAUGUGAUUUUUUUCUGUACCUCAUUAACAUAAAACAUGAAUAAUUACAGUUA